AUGUUCAGCUCUGCCCUGACUUGUGGGUCCACCUUGGAAAAGUCAGGAGACACCUGGGAAAUGAAGGGGUUGACUUCCUCCAGCCUUGUUCUUUUGUGGCCACCAGUGACCCAGGCACCCAUGUAUCAUCCCAGCAAACCCUCACUGUGCCAGGGACUGAGCGUUUGUCUGGGAAUGGCCUCUGCCAUCCCAGAGUUGACUCCAUGAGGAUGUGCACCAAGUGAGGCCUGUCAGAGAUAUUUCAAAGCACCCAUCUCUUUUGACAUCACCGAAUAAAUCUGGGAAGAAUCCUCAUCACCUCCAGCUCUCCUGAUACAACCAAUUAUUCAUCACUCUACACCUCAAUGUCCUGGUCUAGGGGAUGGGGACACUCAGAGGGCCUGUGCCACAGGAUAGUUGUAGAGAAUAUCUGAGGAUGUCAGUGCAGAGCAUAGCACAAGGCACAGCCAUUCAGGUCAACUGGCAUUUACUGCAGGCUGCUAUGUCAGUUCCCUUCCCACAGCAUACUCCAACACACACACACACGCAUUGAGUGAGCGAGAGUCCUCUAGGAACAAGCCGCUCUUUUUCAGCAACGUUCAAGCCCACGAUGAGACCGCUGAUAAUGCAAGGGCGGCUCUUCCUCGUGGCAAAUCCCAAAGGAACCCAUUUCCACCCGGCUCGGUCAACUUUCACACUCCGAAAACGCUCACCCGUCUCUGGCUGUGA